CUUCCGGGCGCGACCUCCCUUCCGCCUGCGGGUGCGAACCCGCCCGGCCGGAUGCUGCUGGCGCGGCGCGGCGGGCAGAGCAGCCACAGAUGAGGAAGAGCCUGAGCUGAGUGCCCCAGCCAUGGCCCCUCCCUGGAGAGCGGCUCCCUGUAGGAGGGCCCUGCUGAUGCUUCUGGCCUCCCAGGCGGUGGCCCUAGUGAAGUGCUUGGAAGCUGAUGACGUUCCGGAAGAGUGGCUCCUCCUGCACGUGGUUCAGGGCCAGAUUGGGGCGGGAAACUACAGCUACCUGAGGCUGAACCACGAGGGGAAGAUCGUCCUGAAGAUGCAGAGCCUCCGAGGGGAUGCAGACUUGUACGUGUCGGACAGCACCCUCCACCCCAGCUUCGAUGACUACGAGCUGCAGUCGGUCACCUGUGGCCAGGACGUGGUCUUCAUCCCAGCACACUUCCAGCGCCCCGUGGGGAUAGGAAUCUAUGGACACCCGUCCCACCACGAGAGCGACUUUGAGAUGAAGGUGUAUUUAGACAGGACGGUCGAACAGUACCCAUUUGGUGAGGCCUCUUACUCCACAGAUGGUGCAGAAGCAGGUCAGAAGCAUGCGUAUGCUCCAGAGGAGGCAUCGCAAGAGGAGGAGUCUGUUCUCUGGACGAUACUAAUCAGCAUUUUGAAACUAGUACUGGAAAUUCUUUUUUGACUCCUGAAAAUACUCUAGAGCACAGUGCUCGUAAUCUGUGAAGGUGAUUGCAGUUUGCUGUGAACCUUGCUACUUUUACCUGGUUGAAAUUCUGGUUACUUUCUAGACAAGGGGUGGAAAAAUAAAGCCAUACAGUUUUGGUACCUCAUAUCCCCAAAAUAGGAAAAGCAGGAAGCAAUUUUUCUUUUGAAGCUGAAAAUUUCUUUAAAAUGAAUAUGCCCAAUAAAACACUUAAUCUCCA